AUGAAUGAGCCGAGUGCAUCCCAUUCCCCUUCACCCAUCACAGACGCAGAAGCUAUUUUAGAUGAGAUCAGUCAUCGCGCCGAACUGGAACUUCAAAGCCAACCCCUUCCUACUCAAGUCAAUUUGGUAAAGCAAACUCGCCGACUUUUCGACCACUACUCCAAACGUGGCACCGCCACCUCACUUCACAACGCCAUAAGCCGCUACUUCAAGCCCAAGACCGAGGAUAAUGCAGAGCUUACAUUCUAUCCACCCUUACCACCGGAUUACACUCCUCCUGCGCCUGAUCCAAAGGAUAGCCGGAUGGUCGAUGACGAGUCCAAGUCUCUGGUCAGAGGAAUGCCGUUCUAUGUGGAUCGAAAACUGCAUAUUCGCCCAAACGUGAAGUUACCAGAAGGGUUUCUCGAGGGAAUCGACCGAAUCUUUCGUAUCUAUCAGGCUCAGGCAGAGGCGAUGUUGAGACAUCAUUGUGAGAAGUAUGGAGAGGAAGCAAUUUUCCGUGUUGGAGUACGCAGCUUGAUUUUGAGUCGAUCAGAGAUGCUCUUCGCAAAUCCCUUUGGCUUGGAUCCGGAAACUCGUCUGUUCUACCUGCAGGUCUAUGAAAAACAUCCAGAUCUCAAUAUCGCAGAGCAACGACUUCUAGCUCGGGCGGGUAGAGUGCAAGUUGAUGUGGUUGAAGCAUUCUGGGAACACAUGACACACAUCCGCUCCAACUAUCUAGCCAUGCGCACCGUUAUUGCCGCCCGCGAACUGCGAAAGCAACGCCAAUACCGGGAAUUUGUCAAACAACUCACCGAAGAACAUCGCCUGAAGGCAGAGAAACAGAAGCGCGAGGAAGAGCAGAAGAAGCGAGAGCAAGAACGCAAGAAGCGGGAAAGAGAUGAAAUCAUAAGGAGAAGGAGACAGUUCCAGAUACUGCCGGGGGCCCAGCAUGGGUUUCCACGACCGGGGUGA